GAAAACAUAAGCGUUCAUAACACCUUCUGCUGAGCAAGGUGGGCCACGCCACAAUGCUUUCUACCAUCUUUCUCCUGCAACUUUUCCAACGCUCCUAUGCAGAUGUCUUCGUGUAUCCAACUAUCCUGCAAGAGCGAACAACAACCAAGAAUUUGGUUCUACGCCUCAACACCAACCUGACACUGAAUCUUGAAAGGAGCUCGGUGCUGGCUGAUGAAUUAGUUGUUGUGACCAGCAGUCACGGAGGGGACCAGUUGGAAAAGGUAGAUACAUCUGCUAUUCAAGAGGUUCUCUACCAGGACACACAUCAUCAAUCCUCUCUCAUGGUGCGCCACCGAGAAGGUUCGGUGCAUGUCGAAGGUAUCAUCAACCACGAGCUAAGAAUAAAGCCUCUACCGGAAGACGAACGUUCACUGCAAGGCCGAAUACUGCACAAGAUCUACAAAGUACAAGAAAUAAAGGGCACCUAUGCGAAUAUUGAGCCGGCGCUCACAAACGUUUUCCAACGAUCCAACGUGGGCCACCAGGGCAAAGCAAAAGGCCAGAACAAUCGGAAGCCUCCUCAGUCCACGAGUCAUGGAGAACCGCAGCCAAGACCAAACGUAGAGAAGUUUACGGUGGAGCUUCACGUUAUUUCUGACUCGGUGCACCAGAAAAGCUUUAAGAAAAAUGAGGAGCUAAUCGCUUAUCUGGCUAUCAUGACAAAUGGAGUGAACUUAAGAUAUCUUGACAUGAGAAAUCCGCGCAUAAGCUUCAUCCUUGUCGGACUCACACGGAGCACGAACGACCCUUUCGCCAAUCAUAUGAAAGGCUUCCUUUAUGGUCCAAAGACAUUAGAUGGGUUGACGGCAUAUAAGAAACAAGGCAAAAUACCGGGAAAUCCUGACGUGGUGCACCUUUUAACCGGCCAAGAUCUUGUAACGCUGAAAGAUGGAAACAUGGACCAAAGCCUAAGAGGCCUCGCAUUUAUUGGCGCUGUCUGCUCAAGCUAUGAUGUGGGUGAAAGCGAAGACACUGCUAUGUCUUACGAUGGAACUAUGGUUAUGGCUCACGAACUGGGGCACGUACUCGGGUCACCACAUGACGAUGGCUGGUCUAAAGAUCCAGAGUGCGCCUGGGGCCACGGAUACCUGAUGAGCUACGUGGACGGCGGCGUGAAGAAGUAUCGGCUUUCUAAAUGCAGUGAGGACAAGAUACGAACCGCGUUCAAGUAAGCUGUAGCACAAUAUUUCGUUUGAACCAUUUU